CAUUCGUCGCGCAAGUGCUUUUUCGUCAAGUGUAUUCGCGAAAAUACCCAAAUUUAAUCGCUCAACUGCAGCAUUAAUUGCCCAAAAGUGACUACACUCCGGGGUCCGACACCCCAUUAUCAGUGCAUGAUAAUAAAAUUGCGAAAAUCCACAAAAAUCUGACGAGAGAAAAAAAAUUAUAAUUUGUGAGAAAAUUCUUUCAGUAUAUGAGUGUGUGUCUAUAUCGAAAAAAAAAUUCCAUACGCAGUGAAAAAAAUAUCAAUAAAAUUACAAGAAUUAAAUUGAAAUAAUAGCACAGGAGAAAAAAUCAAAUAAAAAAGGAAUUCAUCAUGAAUAUGGCAGGACAAACAAUCAACGACAGACUUCUGGCUGCUCGUCACAGCCUGGCUGGCCAAGGUUUGGCCAAAUCCGUGUGUAAGGCCACGACAGAGGAGAUGAUUGGCCCGAAAAAGAAACAUUUGGACUAUCUGGUUCAUUGUACAAACGAGCCAAAUGUGUCGAUUCCGUCAUUGGCAAAUCUCCUCAUCGAACGAUCACAAAAUGCCAGUUGGAUUGUCGUCUUCAAGUCUCUUAUUACGACGCAUCACUUGCUCGCAUACGGAAAUGAGCGUUUCAUCCAAUAUUUGGCUUCAAGUAAUUCCUCCUUCCAGCUGAACAGUUUUCUGGACAAAGGAGGUGUUCAAGGAGCUGGUGCUCGAGUUGGUUACGACAUGUCCGCAUACAUUCGUCGAUAUGCCAAUUACUUAAAUACCAAAGCUUUGUCAUAUCGCACGGUGGCUUUUGACUUUUGCAAGGUGAAGCGCGGCAAGGAAGAAGGCUCGUUGCGCACCAUGAAUGCCGACAAAUUACUUAAAACCUUGCCGGCAUUGCAAUCGCAGCUGGAUGCGUUGUUGGAGUUUGAUUGUCCGGCCAAUCAUUUGAAUAACGGUGUUAUUAAUAUGUGUUUUAUGUUGUUGUUCAGAGAUUUAAUCAGAUUGUUUGCAUGCUACAAUGACGGUAUUAUUAAUUUAUUGGAGAAAUAUUUCGAUAUGAACAAGAAGCAGUGUCGCGAUGCUCUCGAUAUGUAUAAGAAAUUUUUGACUCGCAUGGAUCGUGUAGGAGAAUUUUUGAAAGUAGCCGAGGCAAUCGGUAUUGACAAAGGUGAUAUUCCGGAUCUGACAAAAGCUCCUAGUUCAUUACUUGAGGCGCUUGAACAGCAUCUUGCCACGUUGGAGGGCAGAAAAGGAUCUGCCGCAAAUACACCUACGCAAAGUGCAAGUAGCAAUCAAAAGAAUGUAAAGAGCGGUGUGAACGCGUUAUCUUCUACUAGCUCAUCGUUUGGCACGGCAGCGGCUUCCGCGAAAUAUGACUCUCACUCGAAUGGCGUGAACAUUGAUGACGCACUGAAAGCGCAGGCUUUGGCUGAAGAGGAAGCUGCAAUGAAUCAAUAUAAGCAAAAGGUCUCAUCUCCAACCGCCGCAACAAAUCCAUUUUUGUCGUCGCCUCCUGCAGCAGCGGCCAACACGAAUAUUGUGGAUUUGUUUGGAGCUGCUGAUACGCAAACAGCUGCCGUUGCUCCGAAUCGCGCAUCUGAUGACUUGCUCGGCCUGGGAAACCCCUUCGCUGACAUCUUUAAUUCAGCUCCAGCACCUCCAGUACAACAACCCGCUGCGAAUUUCUUUACUAAUGGCUUUAAUGGCACAGGUGGCGCUCAACCUGCAGCAACGAAUGCAUUUGUAUCGGACACCAACUUUUCCAACGUAUUUGGGGCAGCUGAGCCUCAAGAUCCAUUUAAGCAUUUUGCGCAAACGGCAAUUCGUGUGUUGCCGCCCUCCGGAAAAAAUCCCUUUUUGACUGAUGACGUGGACACAAACCUCUACCAAAACAAUUUUACUAAUAACUUGAAUUCUUAUAAUGGUCACUCAAUGGUGCAAUCGCAAAAAUUUACAGGUCAGCAAGUGCCACAACCGGCGGCCGCUGGCAAAGUUUUGACCGGAGAUUUGGAUAGUUCCUUGGCAUCGUUAGCCGAAAAUUUGACAAUUGAUCGAGGUGGACAAGCAAAAGGUGGAUGGAACUCACCAAAGAACACCGCAAAGCCAGGCGCUACGGGAUGGAGUCCACAACCCAUGGCUGCCACAACUGGAGCAAACUACCGACCAAUGGCUCAAGGUAUGACAAUAAGUCCCGCACCUAGCACACUCCACACUUUUCCAAACUUUUCACCGUUCCUUCAGCAAGGAAUGCCACAACAACAAAUGCGACCAAUGAUGGGUGCUCCCAUGGCCGCUCCUAACAUGAUGCCAAUGCAAAUGGCACCGCAAAUGAUGGCGCCUGGUGGCCAACCCGUAACGCAACAACCUCAGCCAACGGAUCCAUUUGGGGCUUUGUAAAGUGAUAAAGUUUAAAUAUUAAAACAAAAAGAACUUUGGAGUUAAUCAAAUAUUAAAUAAAUAUAUAUUAAAGAUAAAAUAAUAAUUAAAGUAAUUAUAUCCCAAGAGUAAAUUUAUCCAAGAGAAGAAAAAUUUAAAAAAUGUAAAAAAUAUAUGAAAACGCAUCAUAUACUUAGAGAAAAUUAUUGAAAAGCGUUUAAUGUGGAAUUAUAUAAAUUAUAUUAAAUGUUGUGUAAAAUGUCAGGUAAUAACGUUCAUUCAUUCUAGGAUCACGUGUGUAUUUAUAUAAUUUAAUUUUUUUCUUUAAUUGUAUAUUCAACAAAGAAAAAUGUUCAAAAAUCAAAUCAAAAUGCGUACUAUAUUACUAGUUAUGAUGCUUUUCAUUGAAAAAUAAUUAUAAAAAUUGAAAUUUGACUUAAAGUUAAAGAAAAAAAAAUUGUUUAAUUUGCCAUAUAUACACUUGCUUCAUUUGUGUAACGAGAUAAUUGUAUAAAAAA